AUGGCGGAUAGAUUCCCUUCCUUGGAGGACUUUGAUUCGGGAGCCCAGACAGAUAUUAAGGACCCCUCAGCCGAGCCUUCAGCAGACGACUUCCUUGCCAGGGAAAAGGCCAUUCUCGGUGAUGAUGCAGACCAGUUCGCGACAAACCAGGAUGCGGCUGCCUUGUCAGGAGGUGACGACUUGCUAGGAGGAGGCGAUGAUGCACAGUUCCAGAGCCAAUUCCCCGAUAUCACAAGUCCCAACGAGGGCCUCGCUGGAUCAGGUACCAUCACCGGCCCAUCCGUAAGCUACAACUCCGGCUACGCUGCCGCCUACACCGAAGAGGAGGAUGAGCCCGAGGUCAUCAAGGAGUGGCGCGAGAAGCGGGACGCCGGAAACGCCAAGCGAGCGGAGCAGUUCGCCCAGCAGCGCGAGGAGACAGUCAAGGAAGCACAGCAGAACAUCGACGACUUCUACGACAACUACAACAACAAAAAGGAGAAGAUGAUCAACCAGACCCGCAAGGAGGCCGAGCAGUUUCUUGCUAGCCGAGAGGACACCACCUCCGGCGGCACCAGCUGGGAGCGCAUUUCCAAGAUCGUCGAUGUCAGCGGCAAGGGUGCCAAGGGUGGCGCCGCUGGAUCCGGCAAGGAGAGAUUCCGUGAGCUACUGACGAGCCUGCGAAAGGAUGAGAAAGCUCCCGGUGCGGAGGGCUACUAG